AUGUCUCUGUUACCACUGCUGUUCGACGAAUCUCUGUUUGCUCCAAGGAGAUGCGAGCCUCCUCAAAGGACGUGGGUCGGCAUCUUGGACGAUGAUCUCUAUAGGCCAGUAGCUAGACAACAUCAGGAUUAUUUGAGGAAUCUGAACGCUGCUCUUCAAGACUCUUUGGGUGCCAAUGUUUCGCUAGAUAAGAACAAGUUCCAAGCCAAUUUUGAUGUCCAGCACUUCAAACCUGAGGAGAUCUCUGUCAAAUUGAAUGACAAUGUAGUUACCAUCGAAGGAAAACAUGAAGAGAAGCCAGAUGAACAUGGUCACAUCUUCAGGCACUUUGUCAGGAAGUACACCCUUCCAAAAGACUGCGAUGUAUCCCGAUUGGAGUCGAAACUGUCUUCAGACGGAGUCUUGAGUCUUUCUGCACCUCGAACCUGCGGAGACAAACCUAGCGAGAUAAGCAUUCCCAUUAUCAAGACUGGUCAAACAGCGAACUCCAUUGACCAAAAACAAGGCAAGAAGAAGUAA